AUGUCAGUCGUUCCAUCGUUCCUCCUGCGCUAUAUGUGGUUUUACCCUGGACUCACUACGAUUCAGGUCACACAUAAAGGAUUCAGUGGCAAGCCUCCUUUGAUGAGACUCACGUCGGACGCAGUAGCCAAUAGUCUUCGGCCUAACGUGGACUCACGACGCGCUGCAAAGGUCGCUACCACUGUAGGUCCAGGUCUGGAGCAGCCGAAACAAGUAACAUCUUCAAUCGUUACCUACCGAAAUCAUACCCAUACUUCUCGCCCGUCAGCCGGACUCUCCCCAUUCCAACGUCUCCCUCCGGAGAUCCGUUGGCAGAUCUAUCAGGACCUUUUCUAUCCGCAUCGUGUGGAGAUCCUCCGGUGCAAAGACAAGAGUCCCGACCCCUCGAGGCCAGCCCGCUACCGCCUGUACCAUCGCCAACUGCAACCUCGUGAUACUCAAUCACAGGACAUUCGACCGUCCACAGGGCGUCGUUCCUAUCCACCACUCCCGCUGGCUCUCAUUUUCACCUGUCGACUGAUGUACUGCGAGACCAUUCUCCUGUUCUACUCAACCAUGCAGUUUGUCUUUAUCUCCACUAAGUCUGCCGCACGGUUUCUGAAGAUCACGGACAAGGAUGCCCAGUCGGCCAUCCGCCAUGUCGAGCUGAAUCACGUCAUGUACAAUGAGCCGCGUCUGACGGAGUUUCGGGUGUACAAAUUCCGCAGCGACAUGGCUUGGUAUCUUGUCUGCGAUGACAUGGCACAGGCUUUAGUAUCCUUAAGCGUGCUGCACGUCCACAUGACAGUCUACGACUGGCCAAUCCAUCUGGAAGUUGGUGAACGCUGGUCAUUUCCGCUACUGGUCUUCGGCCAGUACGGAGACCAGCUGGACUAUGCCAAAAUUCGUCUUCGCAUGCCAAGAUUUAGUGAGGAAAAGCUUCGGUUUGUGGCGCGUGACCUAGAGCAGAAGAUCAUGAAACCGCAACGUUUCCAGAUUCGCGAGGAUGAGAGAUUGGCCAGGAAGCUCAUGGGAUCGGUCAAGGCGAAAAAAAUAUUAAAAGUGGUCUUCUAG